CCCGGAGGUGGGAAUAGCUGCGAGGUGACAGUGGCUGGCGGCUGGCGAAUGCGAGACAUUGGAGUUAUCUGCCUGUGAGACAGUAAUAUCUACAAAACUAUGAAUGAUGCAAGAACUUCACUUGAUAUUAAUGAGUACCCUGAUAGUGAGGUACAGAAAAACCGAAUGAUAACCCAAGAAGAAUGGCAAGACAAGUGGGUGAACCAUAAAAUUGGAUUUCAUCAAGCAGAAGGGCAUCAGCUGUUAAAGAAACAUUUGGAUAAUUUUCUUAAAGGCGAGAGCAGACUGAGAGUGUUUUUUCCUCUUUGUGGAAAAGCAGUGGAGAUGAAAUGGUUUGCAGAUCUGGGACACAGUGUAAUUGGUGUAGAAAUCUCUGAACUUGGGAUACGAGAAUUUUUUAUGGAGCAGAAUCUGUCUUAUUCAGAAGAACCAAUCACUGAAAUUCCUGGUGCAAAAGUAUUUAAGAGUUCUUCAGGAAACAUCUCACUGUACUGCUGCAGCAUUUUCGAUCUUCCCAGGGCAAAUAUUGGUAAAUUUGACAGGAUUUGGGAUAGAGGAGCAUUAGUUGCUGUUAAUCCAAGUGACCGUGGACGCUACGCAGAUACAGUGCUGUACCUACUGAGAAAAGGGUUUCUCUACCUCAUGUCUGUUUUCUCUUAUGAUCCAACACAAUUUGAAGGCCCACCAUUUUAUGUUCCAGAUUCUGAAAUCCAAGCACUCUUUGGUACAAAGUGUAAUAUCCAUUGCCUUGAAAAGGUCGAUGCUAUUGAAAAACGAAAGAAUGAGAAAACUGAGUAUUUUUUGGAAAAAUUAUAUCUACUUACAGAAAAGUAGCUGAUGUAUCAAUAAAAUCAAGUAACAUCAAUAUGUUUUUAAGCUGUUGAGCAAUUGAAAAUUAUGCUAAGGCUUGAAAAUACAAUGGAUGAUUUUUUUUUGUUUUUGUUUUUUGUUGAGACAGGGUCUCACUAUGUAGUUGAGACUGA